GGAAGUUUUAAACCGUAAGGAUGAGAUGGGAUGGCAGGCUCUCAAUAUAUAGCACUAGGAGGAGCGUUUGCCUCCUUUUUGGGCCUGUCCGGCGUCGGGCUGGUGAUCUUUGAAACGUGUAGUUUCAAAAAAAAAAAAAAACAGCGGAAGGCCUAAACUCUCACAGAGCUCUGAGCUUCGACCACUUUCGUCUCCUUCUCUCUUUCAGUCUCUCUCGUGCUUCUUGUUGUUAGCGGUGUGAACAUAAAAUGAACAACUUGGUGAUCAAACGCUUUCUGGACCCCUCAUUCUUUCGCUCCUUCUCCAGACCCACUGCUUCUCUUACUUUCUUGCUUUACCCGAGACGUAACGUAGUUUCAGUGCCAUCAGUUGAGGAGGAUGGUGAAACAGUCAAUUUUCCUAGGGACAGGGAGGACACUGGAUUUGCAUGUGGUCUUAAUUGGGCUUUAGCUGGAAAAGGUGUAAUUGUGAAGGAUAAAGCAUUUAGAAACUUGAAGACUUCUGAGCUACGGCAGAAGGGUGCAACUGUUGCAGAAUCUUUGUCAGGACUUCCCGUUCUUGUUAGAGGAAAUGCCCUUGGAGCAGCUUCUGAAAUUUCCAAGCCACAAUUUACUUUUGGAUCUCUUCAUGGAGUUCACAAGUGGAGAUCAGUCACAACACAUAUAUCAUCUGUCUCAGAUAUUUAUGUUCUUGAUGGUGCUAUUGCUUCAUCAUCAAAAUGCAGUGCAAAAGUUCGCAUAAUAAGUGAUAGUCCUUCUGCCAUAUUUAGUCUAUCCAAUGUACUCUGGAAAGUUCCCUCUCGUGCCAUUUCCCAUGAUUCUUGUCCUUUGACAGUUUAUGUUGCUUCGUCCAUAAGCCAAGGUGUGGUGGAUGCUGUUCGUCUGGGAGCUCAAGCUAAUGAGAAUGUUAUAGCUGCUGAUAUUGAUUGCGCUUCACUCAUUUUAUGUGGUAAAGCUUUUUCUGAUGCUAGUGCAACUAAAGAGGCACUAGCUACUUUGUCUGAACCUGUCAUAUCUGCACGAGGAGGCAUUCCUUUACCUGCAAGGCUUCUAGUUUCUGAUGACUCUGUGAUUCUACUAUUUGCACCUGAGGAUAUCAUCCAGAGCUGCACAUAUCAGUUGGUCUCUGCGGAUUCAGGGGUUGUUCUUUCGUCACAGGAUGUUGCCCCAUAUUUUCCAAUUAAAAAUUCUUCAGGCCCUAGUCUUUUCAAAUUCCCAAUAGCUGUUGUCCUUGUAACCUCUGACAGUUCUGGGACUAUUCCAUCAAUAUCAAAGCUCUCACCUGGCCAAGCAGCUUAUCACUUCCUGGCUGGCUAUCAUAAUGGGAAAUUCAUGCCUGCAUACAACAAGGGUCCUUCAUCUGUAGAUGCCUUAGAACUUGCGAAGGCUUUUCUAUCCAAGUUGAAGGAUAACCAAACCACAUCCUUCCUAAUUAAUGUCAAUGAAGGUGAAAAGAGUGUUACAGGCAAGGUUUUCCUGACAUUGGUGCAAUCAGCUUUGUCAAAGAACAUUCCAUCAUUUCAUCCUAAAGGUGGAGAUCUUAAAGGAAAAUACAAAAGCUUUUUAUCCUGUAGAUUUCAAGAAAUUCCAGAGGAGUUGUCAUUUUGAGAGUUGAAUCCCUUUGAUGCACAAGUUUUUCGCCUCACAUGGCGUAUGGUAUACAGUACCAAAAGUGGAAAUAAAAUUUCACCUGUAUAUACCCCAACAUAUAUCAGAGAUUUGUUUUUGUUUUUUUGCUUCCCUUUAAAUGAAGAAUGAAAGGAACAUUGGAAAAUUGAGAAUGAAUGUGAAACCCGAAAAGAGGUCUGCAGUUUCAGGAUCCACCAGGCACCAGCUUCUCCUAUUGCUGAAAUAGUUGGUACCAAUUAGAGGCUGAGGCUCCUCUCCUCAGCACCAUGUGUUGUCCAUUUUGUCGGUUAAAUAAAGAUUCAACUAAUUUGUA